GCAUCUUACAUACCUUGAGUUUAACACCGCACCAAGAAGAUCCCAACAAAAAAUUUUGGUUUGACAAGUUCAUCUGUUCUUGGAGCAGCCAGCAAACCAGAACGGCAUAUACCCUUUCCCUUCUCUUCCUUUCUGCGCAGUUGGCGAGAGAGAGCAGGCAUCAAUGGGUUCCAUUAUUCGUGAGUGGGUCGGGUUUCAGCAGUUCCCUUCUGCCACGCAAAGCAAACUCGUGGAAUUGUUUGGCAAAUUAAAGGAAGAGGGUGCAAGCACUUUGACCAUUCUUGUUAUGGGUAAAGGUGGAGUUGGAAAAUCUUCCACUGUCAAUUCUGUCAUUGGAGAGCGAGUGGUUAAUGUGAAUUCCUUCUCGUCAGAGGUGUCAAGACCUGUAAUGGUUUCACGGACCCGGUCUGGAUUCUCAUUGAACAUCAUAGACACCCCGGGCCUUGUGGAGGGUGGCUAUGUUAGUUACCAAGCUUUGGAAUUGAUUAAACGGUUUCUUUUGAACAAGACUAUAGAUGUUCUUUUGUAUGUUGACCGCUUGGAUGCAUAUAGAGUGGAUGACUUGGAUAAGCAGAUAAUAAGUGCUAUCUCUGAUAAUUUUGGGAAAGAAAUAUGGCGUAAAAGUUUGCUUGUCCUCACCCAUGCACAGCUCUGCCCACCCGAUGAUCUCAGUUAUGAUGUUUUUUCAGCUAGAAGAUCAGAGGCAGUCUUAAAGACAAUUUGUGCAGGAUCAAGGAUGAGGAAAAGAGAUUUUGAGGAUACUGCCAUGCCAGUUGGUUUGGUUGAGAACAGUGGGAGAUGCAAUAAAAAUGAGAAUGAUGAAAAGAUUCUCCCAAAUGGUGAAGCGUGGAUACCAAGCUUGGUAAAAGAAAUAAUUGGGGUUGCUACAAAUGGGAAUAAAUCCAUUGUUGUUGACAAGAGGUUGAUAGAUGGGUCUGAGUCAAAUGACAGGGGGAAGGUGUUGAUUCCCCUCAUACUUGGAGUUCAGUGGCUUAUCGUGAAAUGGAUUCAAAGAGCAAUUAAAGAUGAUAUUGCAAAGGGGGGCAAGGCCUUGUGAGCGCUGCUCAAUUUGGUUCUGAUCAAGUAUAAGUUCUUACAUGGCUCUUGGAUAUUUUCUCUUACUUCCUCUCUCCACUACUCAAUUCUUGUUUGUCAUCUGGCAUCACCUCUUGAAAAUUCAAUCUAUGAUACCUGUGCGUCCUUGUUUUGGUUUGUUAGUAACGGAAUAUUAGAGAUAACGGAUUCUUAGUCCUUCGGUUGAGUAUAUUUUUGUUUGGGAGCUUGAUCUAAUUUUCAUUUGUUGAAAUAUUUUUCUUUUUAUUA